UCUCAAGAGAAAAAAAAAAACACUUCACUCAGCCGUUGAAAUCAUGGUCAGCCCUGUCGCUCUUGUUCCUCAAUCUUCCGAGGGUUUUUACGCCAUCAACAACCCAUUUCUUGUGAGUGGUCCAAAAGGCUUCAUCGAGUUCAUGCCACUGGAGAACGAUGAUAUGUACAUGAGGUUUGAUCUUCCCGGAGUUCCAAACAACGGCGUCAAUGUCUAUCUCGACAAGCCGAACAGAGCCGUUUGUAUCUUGGGAGACGCACCAAAGGAGCACAAGUACGACGCCACACUCCGGAGCUACGACGGCACCACCCUUCGCCCCAAGCUCAGUAUCCAAGGUAUCAACUCCAAAAUCGUCUGCAAAUGCAUUGACUUCUACUCCGGCUUCACUUCCCACGUCGCUGAUGGAGUUCUCCGGCUUGUUCUCACCAAGAUCCACAACACUACUCCUCGUCCUCCUUGCAUCUCGUUUAUUGGUGGCCAUGACGGAGAAGAUACCCAUGGCUAUGAAUCGGCUGCUCACGUUAUCCCCGCAUCGGAUCCUGAUGACCCCAACUUAACUGGUCCGAUAUUGAUGCCACAUCCAUGUGUGGGUCAAGGAUCUCAGAUGCCUUACGAGUCUAAGGUGCUCCAAAACGGUGGCUUGUUCGUCCGUGUAGACAUGCCGGGGGUCCCCAAAGAGAACUUCACCGUCUCAGUUGCUGAUGGAAGAGUCAAGGUGACUGGUGAAGCUCCUGCUCUAGGCCACGACUCAGCUGGCCGUUUCUACUCCGGUGAUGUGGCUGUUCUCUCCAGUCGUGCUGUUGACCUUCCCGUCCGUAAGAUCAAGACCAUUGCCAAGAAUGGUGUCAUCCGUUUGAUCAUCCCUCCCGUUUGAUGAUGAUUUCUUGGUGAAACUUUGUGUUUGGAUCUGCGUUGCUAAAUCUGUUUUCUUCUUUAUUCGGGAUAGUGUCGUUGUUUUAAGGAUUAUGUCAGUUUUAUGUUUUAGUACUUUGGAUAUGUCUCAACGACAAAACAUACUUGGUAUUUGAUGUUUAAAGACAUAACUUAUUUUGUCUAACGCACUGCCCUAUA